UGGGGUGUUUCCUUCAGUAGAGAUCACGUACAGAGGAUUAGGACGUGUCCCAGCUGGAUAAUAACACACAGAAUAAGAUGUAUAUCACAGCUGACAUGAGAUCAUGGUGUUCCGCUGUAUCCUGGACGAAGUGCUGUGUGUUUCGGGGUCAUGUCGCCUGGUCGCUGCCGGCCUGCAGGCUCGUAUUUAAGCGACCUUCUCUUUAAUUGUAUUUUUAUCCCAGCAGCGGCUCUGAUCAGCGGGACGAGGGGGCGGUGCUUCGGCCCGGUGACGCACUCUGCGGAGCUGCUGGGGGAGGCGCCUCUGCUCUCCUGACGUCAGCGCGGGGCGGGGAUCUGAUUGGUCCAGAGCGAGCCCUGGGCGUCCGAGGAGAUCACGACGAGGGGGGGAAAAAAACGCAGAGAAAAUGAAGCGGACCUCAAAAACUCCCCACAAAUGAGUGUAUACCUCGGGUGAGGACGGCCGGAGGAACACGGCAGCUGGAUCCGCCUCGGUCGACAGUCGGUCGGGAGAGAAAGGGAUAAGUAUCCGAGGGGAUUAACGCGGAGGCGGGGUGGAAAACAGAGCAAGGACUUGAAUACCAGCUGCGACUAUCCGGAUUACCGACUCGCUGAAAAAGGGAAAACAAGCGGACAUUUCUCCGUCCGGAGAGGAUGAGCUGACCGCCGGGACACGGAGCAAAAGUGCCUGCGGUCGAAGUUGGACGCCGGACGGAUAUUUACAUGUUGUCGUGUGAACUUCGCCGUCGAUGUGGUUUUAAAUCUCCCUGAUUAACGGCUGAUUCCUCCGCGGACGACCGGACGUCAGUUAGUUCGUUUUUCAGCGCGCGCGACAGAUCCAGUUCCCCGGAUACCGACGACCGAAGACGACCGCUCGCUCGUGCCGAUGCCAACGGCAGACUGCAGGUUGCUCCAUCAUGGCCGGAUCAUGAGGUGUCUGACUUAUCUACUCCUUCUCCCAGAAACGCUGAAAAAGUCCAAGAAGGUCGGCAAGCUCCCGGGCAGGCUGCCGGUAUGUUAUGAGAUCCUGACUCUGUCCCUGUCGAGCAAGAAGCAGCAGCAGCAGCAGCAGAAGAGGAGGAAGGAGGAGGUGGAGGAGGAGAAGAUGGCUGCGGAGUUGUACCCCGCCGCCAACACCAACAACACCAACCUGUCCACCGGCACCACGGUGGCGGACACCGAGAAGACCAAGGAGGUGCCGGUGAGCCAGGCCAGCAGCAGCAGCGCGGCGACCACCCCGACCACCCAGCAGAACAUCAACAACAACAACGUCGAUCCGCCCAGCUGGCAGUGCAGCCACCCCACACUGAGAGAGAGGAACGCCUUGAUGUUUAACAAUGAGCUGAUGGCCGACGUCCACUUCAUUGUUGGCCCCACGGGGGGAUCGCAGAAGGUUCCAGCACACAAGUAUGUGCUGGCCGUGGGAAGCUCGGUCUUCUGUGCCAUGUUUUACGGCGAUCUGGCGGAGGAGGAGUCUGAGAUCCAUAUCCCAGAUGUGGAACCUGCUGCUUUUCUAAUUCUGCUGAAGUACAUGUACAGCGAUGAGAUCGACCUGGAGGCCGACACGGUGCUGGCCACCCUGUAUGCCGCCAAGAAGUACAUCGUUCCUGCGCUGGCCAAAGCCUGCGUCACCUUCCUGGAAACGAGCCUGGAGGCCAAGAACGCCUGCGUGCUGCUCUCCCAGAGCCGCCUGUUCGAGGAGCCCGAGCUGACGCAGCGCUGCUGGGAGGUGAUCGACGCUCAGGCCGAGCUCUCGCUCUGCUCCGAGGGCUUCUGUGAGAUCGACGUGCAGACGCUGGAGAUCAUCCUGCAGAGGGAGACGCUCAACACCAAGGAGGUGGUGGUGUUCGAGGCCGUAAUGAACUGGGCCACAGCGGAGUGCAAGAGACAAGGUCUGGGUCCGACGACUCGUAAUAAAAGAGAGGUGCUCGGGAAGGCGCUGUUCUUGGUGCGCAUCCCCACCAUGAGCCUGGAGGAGUUUGCCAACGGCGCGGCACAAUGUGAUAUCCUGACACUGGAGGAGACGCACAAUGUGUUUCUGUGGUACACAGCGGCUAAAAAGCCCAAGCUGGACUUCCCUUUGUCUGCCAGGAAGGGCUUGGCGCCUCAGAGGUGCCACCGCUUCCAGUCCUCAGCCUACCGGAGCAAUCAGUGGCGCUACCGCGGCCGAUGUGACAGCAUUCAGUUCGCGGUGGACAAGAGGAUCUUUAUCGCUGGUCUGGGGCUGUACGGGUCGAGCGGCGGCAAAGCCGAGUACAGCGUCAAAAUCGAACUGAAGAGACAGGGAGUGACGCUGGCACAGAACCUGACAAAGUUUGUGUCGGACGGCUCGAGCAGUACGUUCCCGGUGUGGUUCGAGCAUCCUGUUCAGGUGGAACAGGACGCGUUCUACACGGUGAGCGCCGUGCUGGACGGGAAUGAGCUGAGCUAUUUUGGCCAGGAGGGCAUGACGGAGGUGCAGUGUGGGAAGGUGACAUUUCAAUUCCAGUGCUCCUCCGACAGCACCAACGGGACCGGAGUACAGGGAGGACAGAUCCCAGAGCUGGUGUUCUAUGCAUAAGCUGCUCUGGACUGCUGAUGGGAAUUCGGCUCAUCGUCGCCUCCCAGCCUUCAAAGUAAUGUAGCAUUAAAGACACUUGACUAAUGUCACACUAAAUGGCCUGGUUAGUUCUUUGAGAGACUAUUUUAAAAAGCCAAGGAGCUGUUGUUUUAUCUUAUUUAAUUUAAUGUUAUUUUUUUAUUUAAGUACUGGGUUAACGUUAUUCGCUCUGAUGCCUGUGUUCAAAGGCUGCGGCUGCUGUAGAAACAACAUUAAUACAGCGAUUUGUGGUUAUGUAAUCAAGCCGAGCUCCACAACUGGAACAAGUAGGGACUGCUUCAAAUUGUGUAAUUGCAAGUCUAUAUACGAUGUUGUUACUAUAGUCCGAGCAGCAAUAUUACACGAGGAGCAAACUUUAUGUAGUGUUAUGAUUCUAAAUGCAACAAAAAAGUAGAAAUCUUGUCAAACAGUUGUUUUGCACUUCAGAGGACGGCCUCAGAAACGUUGUGUCUUUUGUAAAACUGUCAACAGCUUGAUGCUGUUAGAGAUGACCAGAUGUGUUCUGUACAAGAAUGCCUAUACACCUGACGAUAAAACAUAAAGGUUAUAAUGUGAUGGA